CGCUAAAUCUCAUAGCAAAAGUUUUUGGAACAUCUUAUCUCCAAAUUACCCAAUCCAUUCUCGUCGUCAGCGGAGGAUGCCAGCCGCGACCUCGCCGUGGUAAAAGGGACGCCGCCCCUCCCCUGGACGCCUUCUCCGCAGAGGAGAUACGCCUGCUCCACGACUGGGGAAGAACUUCCAGGUCAAAUACCCAAUCGUCGCCGCCAUUUCCGAACUCAACUGACACAAUUCAGUUUCUCAUUGCUGAAAACAAAGUCCGCUGUGAUUGUUCCCUUAACUCAUCGAUAGGAACCAUUUAGCUGCAGCGUGCUUGAAUCAAUUCUGAGUAUGUGGAUUUCUGCUACCGAUUUGAAUUUUCAUCAUAAGCUGCUUCCACAAUGACAAGCAUUAAGGAUUGGGUUUUUUCUGAAAUGAUAUCCAAUUCGUUUGGUUCAACCUGGCCAUUGUCAUUAUCAGAAAGAUUUUUGUCAAGGGAAUCUCAGAGUGAAGAACCUGGAAUCUCAGCAUCAGGUACAACUCAAACCAACAAUGCUGAUGCGAUAUCACAGCCAGUUUCUAGUGAAGCAACUAGCUCAUCUAGUCAAUAUCCGAGUACCUUGUCACCACAAGUAGGAAACUCUUCUCGCUCAAAUAUUACUGAUGAGGAAAAGAAACAAGGCCCUCUUGCAGAGGUCGAAGCUCUACAAAUUAAAUUCUUGCGUCUUCUUCGCCGCUUGGGGUUGCUGCAAGAUAAUCUGACGGUGGCAAAAGUUUUAUAUCGAAUCCACCUUGCAACUUUGUUGCGAGCAGGAGAAUUGGAUCUAAAGCAAGCUAGUCUCAAAAGCGAUAAAGCUCUAGCAAUAGCUGGCGAGCAAGAAGAAAUCGGCCAACCGGAACUGAACUUUUCUCUUAAGAUACUUGUCUUGGGAAGAACUGGCAUCGGAAAGAGCUCGACGAUAAACUCCAUACUCGGCGAGUCGAAGGUCGCCACGGAUGCAUUCCACCCUGCAACCGAUCGUGUUCAAGAGAUUGUGGGAAAUCUAAAUGGUGUCCGGAUAUCUUUUAUCGACACACCGGGACUGUUACCUUCCUCGAAAAACUCCGACAGUAGAAAUCGGAAGAUACUGUAUUCCGUCAAGCGGUACAUUCGGAAAUCACGUCCGGAUGUUGUCUUAUAUUUCGAGCGCCUUGACUUGAUCAGCUCGGGUUACUGUGAUUUGGGGCUGCUGAAGCUUAUAACUAGCAUUCUCGGCUCGGCAAUUUGGUUCAGCACCAAUAUUGUCAUGACUCAUUCCUCGUCGGCUCUUCCCGAAGGUCCUAAUGGAUAUCCGGUGAGCUACGAUUCUUACGUCAAUUACUGCACGCAGGUGGUGCAGCGUCGUAUUCAUGAAACAAUCCUGGAUACAAAACUUGAAAACCCGGUGAUUCUGGUCGAAAAUCAUCCUCACUGUAAGGUGGAUAGUUUCGGGAAGAAGGUUCUUCCCGACGGGCAGGCGUGGAUUUCCCGGUUCAUGUUCUUGUGCGUAUGCACAAAGAUUCUUGGCGACGUCAAUAGUCUUUUGGGCUUCGAGGACACUAUACGUCUCGGGCCUUUGGGUAGCUCCCGGUUGCCAUCAAUGCCUCAUUUACUCUCGUCUUUCCUUAAACAUCGUGUUAGAAUCAGCCCCGACGGGGCUGAUGACGACAUCGAUGAUCUCUAUAUAUCCGACAUGGAGGAAGACGACGAGUAUGAUAAGCUGCCCCCGAUCCGGAUGCUGACUCGAACUCAGUUUCAGAAGCUGACCCCUUCUCAGAAAAAGGAUUAUCUCGACGAGCUUGACUACCGGGAGACUCUUUAUUUGAAGAAACAGCUGAAACAAGAGUGUUCGAAAAGACGGGAAAAAUAUAACAGUGAUGACCGGCUACCCGCCGACGAGAGCCCUGACAAUGAUCAAGGGCCUCCUGAGUCGAUCGUGCUCCCGGAUAUGGCUGUCCCGCAGAGCUUCGAUUCGGAUUCCCCGAUUCAUCGCUAUCGCUGCCUUGUCACGACCGACAAGUGGCUCGCGCGGCCUGUUCUCGACCCUCACGGGUGGGAUCACGACGUCAGCUUCGACGGGAUCAAUCUCGAGAUAGCCGCGGAGUUACGGAAGAACGUUACGACGUAUGUGUCGGGACAAAUGAGCAAAGAUAAGCAAGAUUUCAACGUCCAGUGCGAGUCGACGGUCGGAUUCUCGGAUCCUCGAGGGCGCAUGUACUCGGUAGGCCUCGACGCCCAAUCGUCCGGGAAGGAUUUGAUCUGUUCUGUCCGGAGCAACGCGAAGCUGAGGAUCUUCGACCGCAACGCAACCGAAUGCGGCGUUUCGGUGAUGUCAUUCGGAGACAAGUACUAUUUUGGCGCCAAAAUUGAGGACCGGGUCUCGACCAAGAGUCGACUGAGCUUCAAAGCGAACGCCGGCGGGAUUUCGGGCGCCGGCCAAGUCGUGUACGGCGGAGGCUUGGAAGCUUUGAUCAAGGGGAGGGACUACCCGGCGAGAGACGAUGGAAUGACGCUGGCGAUGACGAUCCUGUCGUUCAAAAACGAAGCGGUGUUGGGCGGAAGCAUCGGCUCCAACUUCCGGCUGAGCCGCCGGACGAGAGCGGCGGUGACGGCGGAGGUGAAUAGCCGGAAAAUGGGACAGGUUAGUGUGAAGAUUAAUAGCUCUGAGAAUAUGGAAAUAGGGUUAGUUGGUGUAGUGUGUUGUAUGCUCAAAGGCAUGCUUAGGAAGAAGGCGUGCAAUAAAACCAGCACACUGGCAAUAUUGGAAACCGGGUAGGGUCGAGUAGAUUCGGGUCGGGUAUUAGUUUUGUUACCUUACUUUCUUCAUGUCGUGAAAUUGUAGGCUGUGUUUAUGUUUUGGGCUUUUUACGGGAUUUUUAUAAUUCAUA